AUGAUCAACCGGUUUUUGUCAUCUUCUGUUUAUUUUGGCUUCGUCAUUUCCAUCAUUUUAUCCACGUCAUCUGAUGCCAAAAUAACUUCGAAAUGCCGUGAUACUGACAUGAACUGUGCUGUUUGGGUGGCCACGAAUUCUUCCGAUUGUGAAAAUGUGGAAUUAGUGAGUUCUCAUUGUCAGAGAAGUUGUCAAGUCUGUGGAGAACCGAUUGAUCCAAAAUACGAUGUAAAACUUCUUCCACCAAAACUGAAAUCAAUUGCAUGGAUGGUUGGAAGAUGGAGAUCAGAGUUCGGAGGAAAAGCCUUCUUUCCGACAAUUCCCAAGUUCACAUACGGAGAACAAGUUGAUAUUACAAUUGCAGAUAAUGCAGAAGAUGCAAAGACUCCGCUGUUGAAUUAUACAGCUUUCGCGUGGGACAUCAAUAUGCCUGAUGGGGAUCCAACUGAAAUUCAUUCUGAAAAUGGAUAUAUUGCAGUCGAUUAUGAUAAAGAACAAGAGAAAGAAUACGUUUCAUUAAAUACAGCAAUGAGCAACGGGUUUAUGACCAUUGAAGAAGGAGAAUCAGGACCGAAUCAAGUCAAAUUUCGACUGCAGAGAAUUGGAAGAAUAAGUUUCUCGCAUGAUUCGGCUGUGAGAAUUAUGUUCCGUGAGUGGACUCUCCUUGAUGAGAAUCGUUUAGAAGCACGUCUUCUGAUGACAACAACAAUUACAAGAAGACUAAUGGAGCACACUGCAGUCAUUUAUAAAAAGAUAUAUCCAUGA